AUGAAGCCCCCACUACUUGCUCUCCUUAUCCUUGGGCUGUUCAAUGCAGCAGCGUCGUUUGUUAGCUGGAAUGAUGCGUUUUACGAGCAGCAGGCGACGUAUCUGCGUCCUGGUGAGCCCCACAUUCAGGAUGGACACACGAUGCUCAACAUGCAGUACGUGCACAACCAGAUCCAGGUCUACUGUCAGCCGCCAACAGCGUUGACCAUGUGGAACGUCUUCCAGAGCAACCGCCUGCUAUUGCAAAUAACCGCUGGCGGAGAUUACAGUCAGUAUACGGGAGCCACCGUGCGGGAAGUCCACCAGGCGCUGCGCCAGCUGAACGAGUACCAUGAGGGGAAGCCACUGUGGCACUCCGCCGACGAGCCACGGAUCGUUCCGAUGGCCACGUAUGACCACGCCUGUUACGGCAUCUACACAGACGAGCCGUUCGUCGUCACGCUCGAAGUGAUCAGUUGCGACCUUGAGCGGGUGACACAGUUCACCUUUGGCCUCGUUUUGUGGCUAAGCUGUCCGCUCCUGGCGGACUCACUGCUCGCCUUCUACUGCUCAGCUGCGGCCUUGGGCGCCCACCUGGCGGGUGUAUUGGCGGUCGCAGCCGCCCUAAUGUCAUCUGACCGCGAGCGGCUCCCGCGCCUAGGAACGCUUAAGGUGAACUUCAAGCUGGUGCUGAAGGAGCGGCCCACUGUGAUAACCAUGGCGCUGGUCGGAGGCGCUUGGUUGGUCAAGUCCGCCUGCCAGCGGUUCUGUUUCCUGUGGCGGCGCACUCUGGUCCGCCGCCUGCAUGCCCGCUUGCUGAGGGGCACCUCCUACUGGCUGAUCCUCACUGCAUCCGAUCACAGGGGCUUUGGGUGGACCUGCCUAGUGCUGCUGAUCCCCUGGCCGGAACUUUUGUCGCUGAUAAGCUGGCUCAAUAAGCUGGCUUGCUACCGAAGGUGCUUCUUUAAGCCGAUGGAACAGCUGGAAAUCGUGAAUCAGAAUUCUUCUUAUCAUGGGUCGUAUUUGCGAAUUGGGCGAUCCGAGCACGAUUAUCUUACAUCCGAAAACGAGGGGAGUUCCAACCCUUCUAAUAUGCACUUUUAUUGGCAGCAGCGACAGGAUGAGCAGGAUGAAAAUGCCUUAGUCUGCGAAGACCGUUCUAAUUGUCAUGGACGACCCUCCACGAGGAGCUGCUUCAACGGAUGUGUUCAGAUUACUUCGACUAGAAAUCCACCCGGCCCAGCACCUCAUUUGACCACCUUAUAUCGCAAUCUUCACUUUUCAAACUCUGGAAGCAGCUCCACGUGCAUGUGAUGAAAUAGAACCUACACAAGGAAUCGGGGACGGAUGGAAUCCACUGUAAUCGAGU